GUGCAUUGGCUGAGGGCGAAGGCAUUACGGGAUCGAUGGGAGGAAGAAAUGAUAUUGGUCCAAUUGGAAAUGGAUUGGACAUGUAACUUUUUUUUGUGGAAAGCAGCCCAAUGGGGCGACCGGAUGCAGGAAUCAUUGGAGAAACGCCUUCCGGGUCAUGCAUGCUACUCCGGAAGGCAAUCUCAAAUGUAUUCAUUGCUGGGACAGGAUGCGCAGGCAGCAUUUCAAGACCUCCGGAACGUGUUAACAGAGGCUGGGGAUGAAUGA